GGCAAGCGUUGAUGCAUUUUGAACGUUUUCGAAACUGACUUCAGUUUUAAAGUCUUAUCUUUCGAAACGGACUUCAGUGUUAAACGCUUAUCUAACUAACCGACUUUACCACUCUUCUGUUAAUUUAAUACAAAUAUUAUACGUACGUAAAUGUAAAUGAAGUUGGGUUUACAGAAAUGGGGGGGAAUACUACUGACAGUGACCAUGUUAACAUGAGUAAUAAUACAAAGAUUUACGACAUCGGACUUUAAAUAAACUUGCCGUUUCACAAUGUACUUCCCAGUGGUACUUCUAAUCAUUUUAAAUAGGGUAUUUUGAUUUACUUUGAAGGCACCGGAAGUGAGCACGUGAGUCACCCCGAAAUUCUUCGGGUCCACAAUGGGGGGAAAACUUUUCCAAAGUCUUUGCAUUAAUUAUAAACGUUGACUACCACGACUGUAAGUUUUGUCUUUUACUACGCUUACCGGUAGCCGAUUAACUCAACUUUUCGCGGUUGGAGCUGCAUAAUGCAUUUUUUUUACAUGAUGGUUGUGAUUGUUGCCCGUGGAAGCGAACUCAAAUCUCCGUUAUGAAAUGGCUGUUUCUCUGUAGAAGCACAUCAACAACAGGGCUUCUAAUUCAUAGUACCUUCCGACUUUACUGGCGCUCCUUGGACAAGUUUAAACAUGCACUCUAUUGUUCACGUGGCAGUCAUGCGAGCACUAAACGUAGAAUAUAGUAUUGUUCGGGAGAUUAGCGGUACUAGUUGAGCAAACUCGACGACCAUUUUCGAUAAAUGUCCUCCGGCAUAGCAGGGAAGCUCGUUUCUGUUUCCACGGCAACGCGGCUUCGGCGUUUGUCCUGGUGUCUACGAGAGGGCGGAACCAGAACGAAACGACGGCUCCUCGAUUUGUGAUCUCCGUGUGGGUCCUCAUGAUUCGGAGAUGGUAAGGACCGCUCGGUUGGACCAGGGAAGCCCGAAUAGCCAUUUCAGGACGGCGUCUAUUACCCCUACAGCAGUGACACCCAGGGGAACCAUUCAUCAGCAGGGAUUCCAUCCCUUUUGAAUUCCCCUCUUAGCCAAUAUUCUGCAAGGGGACAGCCUGCACCAGGCAUGGCUCCAUCCAGUGCUACACCCACCAUUCUGCCUUUCAGGUUCCGCCAGCGCAGGGAGAGUGUGGACUGGCGGAGGAUCCACGCCAUAGAUAUCGACAUGGUGAUUAGCCAGCUAGAUGUGGAUGUCCUUCAGGAGCACAUAAGUACCGUGACCUUCUGCAGUUUGGAUGGGGAGCGGUGUCAGCGCUGUCAGAGCCCUGUGGACCGAGCUCUCAUUAAGAUCCUCCAGUUGGCCCAGCUGACAGUGGAAUGGCUCCUUCACUGUCAGGAAUUUCUUACAUUCAACCUGCAAUCGGCAGAGGAGAGGCUAGCGAGCGCCAGCAUGCAGCAGGAGCAGCUACUGGCUCAGUUAAAGAAGCAGGAGGAGAGCAUGAAGGCAAUGACUACGGAGCUUAAGAACAGGAAGAAGAUCAUACGCAAUCAGCAAACUCUGUUUGCACCACAACUCAUGAACAGUCAAAAGUGUGCGUUUUGCGAAAAGACCUUCCUCAACCCUUCCUUUCUCCAGAGUCACAUGCAGCGACGCCACCCUGACGAGAAUGAUAUACAGUUACAAUCAAACAGCGAGGAAAAAUCUCAGAUCCAAGCCCUCAAAAUAGAGAUGAACAUUCUGAAGGAGCAGAUUGUUCAGCAGCAGCAGAUCUUGGAGGCCAAAACAUCUGAAAAUCAAAAGCUACAAAGACACAUAGAAGAGAAUGAGCUACAGAUGAGAGAGAAAGAAAAUAAAUCCCAGAUCGAAAGCCUUAAACAGGAGAUCAAAAACGUAAAGGACAUUGUUCAACACCAUCACAUCCGACAAGCUAGAACGGCGGAGGAUGAAAAGCAGCAAUCCAAGGACAAAGACCUGCUAAAAGAACUUGAUCAUUUUAAAGCAUUAGAAGUGGUACAGAUGCAAGCCAUUCAAAAGCUGGAGCAGCAACAAAAGCAGCAGGACAAAAAGUGGGAGUCCAGGCUGGGGAAAAUAAAGACUCUUCACGAAUCAGAAAAGAACGAGUUGCAGACAGAGUUGGACAAAUUACAGUUUGCCAUGUCAGAGCACCAGGAGCACAACCUGAGGCAGCUUCAGGAGAUGCAUAGGAGGCUGCAGGAGAAGGAGCAAAUCAUCCAGACUCAGAAGGAGCAGAUACAGAACAUAUCUUCAAAUCCAUUCACUAAAGUAGUGAAAGUCCCAGUGUUGGCCAAUACGCCGGCUCCAGAGCCGAAACCAAAGAAAGUUGUACUUGAGGAGCCCAUCUCUGCUCCUCAGCUGGAUCCUAUACAGGAGCUGUCAGAAGAGGAGGAAGACCUGACCAGUGUCCCUGAGAAGAGACCAGUGGAGAAAAAGACUCAACGUGUUCCAGAAAAGAAACACAUGAUGUCCAUUAAAAGGAACCCCAACAAGAAAGAAAUCAGGCGACAUCUUGAACAGCUUCUAAUGACGGAGCUGGAGAGUCUGGGAGUAAAGCAGGAUCAGAGAAAACUGAAGACCAAGGACCUGAAAUCCAUCCUGGCUAAUAGGCGUAUGAAGCAACAGAUCCUUGCAAAGCAAAUGCCUGACUUUUGGAAGCAUCGUGACAACAUAUGCAGCUCUGUGGAUCAGAAGCUGGGCCUUCAAAGGAAGAGCAGAAAUCCUGAACUCCAAUCUCCUGGCAGAACCAGACACUCUGUUCAGGUGUUGCAGUCUCGGCCUCGAUCCAGCAGCUUGCCCUCCAGGGCAACACAGAGUGUCGCUGAAGGUGUCGCUCGGCAGGCCAAGACACCCCAGCCAGCACCAAGAGUUAGGACCACCACCCAACCAAAGACAUCCACUCCCAGCCAGAAAGCUGCUUUGAGAGACCUCACUCUCAAGACUCCCCCUUUCAGUUCCUUAGAGAAUUCAGAAGAUGAGGACAGAGACAUGGAGGAUGAGGAUGAGCCUCCUCAACUUCAAUGGGGCAAAAUGCAGGCCAGAAUGAAUAAGGGGGAAGCUGUCCAAAUCACUGCAGUAAAAUCAAAUGUGAUACAGGCAAAGUCAGCUCCAGCCAGGCACUUGCCCUCCAACAAACACCUUGUUGGUGGUGUAACCAAGACAACCGUUACAAAGCUGGAGCACGAUUAUGAUGAUGAUGAUGAGGAGGAGGUGUCAGAUGUCAGUGAGCUGCAGGAGAUUGACCCCAGGCAGCUGCCGACUUUUAAAGACCAGAAUGGCAAUGUAGAAAAGUCAAACUUUGCUAAAGACAACAAAAUCAGUGACCUGGCAAAGAAAAUUGAGAGACAGGUUGCAAAUACAGUGUCAAAGAAACCAGCAGGGGGCGUGAGGAUCUUACCGGAGAGAAAAGAUGAGGUUCAGGAAUUUGUGUCCUCAGAUGUGGAAGACAGCAGUGAGGAUGCAGAUUCCUUUCUUGAGGAGAAACAAGGAAAAUUUAAAGCAUCACACAACUCCGGAUUUGCUGUAAGGAGCCUUGACUCAGCCAGCACCAGUGUGUGGGACACCUCCACGGGAAGAGACACCUCCCAGGGAAAGGAUCCCAGAUCAGGUUUGACUGAAGGCGGAACAGGGAGCACCUUGAAGAGCAGCCUGUGUUACCUCAGUGAUAUCUGUGACUCAGAGGAUUUAAACAAUUAACACAAACAACACUCAUCAACUCAGGCAACUUCUGUCACAAUGCAAGAGCCACAAACAACACCCAGUUUUAUUGUUCACACCCAUCUCACUGAGCAACCAAAACAUAGAACCUCAAAUAAGAGCGGAAGUUUAUUUUUUUUAAAAAUGUAAUUGAGAAACAAAAUCAUCUUAGGUUAGCUUAGUAUUUACAAUAUUACCUCAUCCCCUGUGCCAACUCCCCACUUUGUUUUCAUCACCAGUGCCAAGGCACACAUAACUAAGUAACCUGUAAAAAUGUACAGCACAUGUUUAUAAUCCUUUUGUUAAAUGAAGUCAUGAUGUAUUUUUCUAUGUAGAGAUAUUUUUACAAGCAAUACAUGAGGAAGUGAAGGAUUCACACUUGUUAAAAAAUUACAAGAAGCAAGAUUUUUAGAUUUUUAUGCAUGUAUGUCACGUUUUAGUGGUUGAAAGGGAAAAGGCAUUAGGAAGCUAGUUUGUUUGCUUUCUGGACGGUGUAUGUCUCUGCUGCUGGUCCUCCCAACAACCAACAGUAAUUGGAGUUGGUAGUAGAAUUUGUCACAAGGUGGGCAGGAAAUGCAAAAGACACAUUUUAAAUAAAGCCACUUCUGUAUUUUUGAUUAAUAUCGUGUUUGUAAAUUAUUGAACAAAUAUACAAACCUCAAUCAGUUUUCGCUUUAUGUCAGUUAGUGCUUGUUGUGCGUUGUAAAUAGAAAGAAAGGUUAUACAGUACCGCUAAAAAGUGAUUCUUCAAUCCUUAUUCUUCAAUGGAUUAAAGGAUUUUUUUACACACAAAUAUCCAAUUUAGAAGUGAGGUACAGUGGUGUGGAGAAGUGGUUUUUUUUGUUACAUGUUUGUUACACUUAAACGUUUCAGAUCAUGAAACAAAUUUAAAUAUUAGUCAAUGACAACACCUGAACACAAAAGGCAGUUUUUAAAUGAAAGUUUUUAUUAUUAAGGGUGAAAAAAAUCCAAACCUACAUGAGCCCUGUGUGACAAGGGGGCUUUCUCCCCAUUGCCCACCCCCGUUAAAACAGAACUAAACUGAGGUUAAUUGAGACCAACUUGGGUUCUGCAGCAGGACAAUGAUCCAAAACACACCAGCAAGUCCACCUCUGAACAGCUGAAGAAAAACAAAAUGAAGACUUCGGAGUGGCCUAGUCAAAGUCCUGACCUGAAUCCUAUUGAGAUGCUGUGGCAUGACCUUAAAAAGGUGCUUCAUGCUGGAAAACCCUCCAAUGUGGCUGAAUUACAACAAUUCUGCAAAGAUGAGUGGGCCAAAAUUCCUCCACAGCGCUGUAAGAGACUCUGCAAGUUAUUGCAAAUGCUUGAUUGCAGUUGUUGCUGCUAAGGGUGGCCCAACCAGUUAUUAGCUUUAGGGGGCAAUCACUUUUUCCACACAGGGCCAUAAAGAUUUGGAUCUUUUUUUCCUAAUAAUAAACAUUUUCAUUCAAAAACUGCAUUUUAUGUUCAGUUGUGUUGUCAUUGACUAAUAUUUAAAUAUUUGAUCUGAAACAUUUAAGUGUGACAAACAAGCAAAAAAAAAAGAAAUCAGGAAAGGGGCAAACACUUUCACACCACUGUAUAUGA